ACGUGUGUCGCGUCCUCCUCCCUACGUCCCUGCCCUGCGCCGCCUCAUCCGUCGAUCGCGCAUUGUGCGACGUUAUGAGACACGCGAGAACGAGACGGGCGAGCGAGUGAAACGAGCGAGCGAGCGCGCAGUAAGCGGAGCGGAGUCGCGUAAACGUUGAAUGUGCUCUCGAUAUCUCGUUCGCGUCCAACGCUUCCCUUCCUCAUUCUCUCUUCAGACCGUUCUCGGUUCGACCCGGCCGUGCGCAAGAAGGCGAUCGUGAUUCUCGAGCGACGUUUUCGUGACGGGGAAACGCGGAUUCGUGAGUACCCCGGGUGUCCCUGGUACUGCCACAUCUACAUCACCGCCACUCGGGCAUCUCGAAGCUUCCACCGGAACGGAGGAAAGCGUGUCACGCGCCUACGAGGAUGAUCGACCUAACAGUCAAGACCUUGGACUCGCAGAAUCACGUCUUCUCUCUGGAAGACGAUCAAAUCACGGUACGCGGCUUUAAAGAGUACAUAGCAGAAUCUGUCGCGGUACCAGCCGAUUCGCAGAGGUUGAUUUAUUGCGGACGAGUGCUCCAAGAUGAAAAGAAAUUAAAUGAUUAUGAUGUCAAUGGGAAAGUUAUACAUCUGGUGCAACGCGCGCCACCUCAAUCUGGCCAACAUGGAAAUGAUGGCGGACAGACACAGGGGCAGAAUAGGCAGGGAUCGCAGAGCAGGCCACAUUAUCGGGUCACACGUACCCAGAUGCAUGGAAAUGCAAUGUAUCUAGGUGCUAUGUCUGUGCCAGCAGAAAUUGUUGAAGGUCAUGGUAUACCACAGCUGAGCAACAGUUUAUCUGGUAGUCGACUUAAUCAUGCUGGUCGUAUGCUCGAUCGUAUAAAUGAGUUGAUUGAUCGACUAGAUGAUCCCAGUUCUCCUCCCCUGCAUCCUGCUCCAGAAUCCAAUCAAUCGACUGCACAACAACAGCAGCAACAGCAGCAGCAGCAACAACAACAGCAACAACAGCAAACACAAGAAUCAGAAGUCGAACAAAAUGAAAAUAAUGAUGCCGCACGAGAUGAUGGUGCCAGGCUUGCCGAGGCAGCUGCAGUCGCUAUUACAGCUGCGUUGUCAGCCGCUGGAGCGCGCGCGGUUACAUUGUUCCGAGGAAGCAAUUAUAAUGGUGGAAAUACAAGAACUACCAACGAUGUGAAUGAAACUCAAAGUGACGCACAAUCGACACAGUCCCAAUCGCAAUCACAGUCCCAAUCGCAAUCACAACCACAGCCGCAGGCACAACCGCAACAGCAACAACAAACGCAAGCGACUACAGAUACAGGAGCUACAUCAAGCAACGCUGGUCAAAACAGACGGACUCAACAACAGGAUCUCCCGCGACCUCCGCAAAUGGCAGAAAUACUGCAGAGACUGUGCACUACUCAGGAACGUCUGAGGCCAUACUUGGAACGUUAUUGUAUGCUCACACUUCUCGAUCCUUCGUUACCAACUGGACCUGGACAGAAUGCCGUAGAGCAAAAUCAGAGAAUAGUGGACGGAGUCAGCGAAAUUCUGCAUCUUAUGUCGCACAGUUGUCACGCAUUGAGCGAUAUCAUUAUUGAUAUGAGUCAGCCGCCGCCGAGAAAUUUACGCUGUCGGCCAAUAAUAGUGCAACAUUCAGCUAUCCUACAGCCUGGUAUACCGAUCCAAGUAGAGGCUCAUAUUAGUUUGAAUGGUCGUACUCCUAACAAUAACAACAGUAACGACGAGACGACCGAGUCUGGUAAUCAGGCGCAAUCGGAUAAUGCGGAAUCGGCAAGUUCGUCACACAUUAAUACUGAGGAACAUCAGGAACGAGAGUCCGACAACGGAACGCAAUCGCAAGGAGAACGAUCGCAUGAUCAGGGACAAUCGCCUUUCGAUACAGUAUUCAAUUUGCCGAAUAACGUCGAGGUGCUAAUGGAAGUUAGUUCUGAGAGCAAUCUAGAUGCUGGAUCGGGCAAUGAACAAAAUGUGUCGGGUAAUGAAACCAAUAAUAAUGCCCGCAGGACAAAUGUAUUUCCGUUUGGCACGCCACCACCGCCGUACUUCAUGCGAAACUUUAUGCAAGCCGUUGCCGGACACAUGGUGCACGGCGGCAUCACCACCACGACUAUAAGUACGAGAAAUCCUCCCGUUACUGCCGCAGGAGCGCAACAGGGUAUUUCUGUGUCGAUGGAUAGUGGAAGCACGAAUGCCGGUCAAAGCACUCAAGCACGAAGCAACACUGGUACUCAUCCUACCACUGCCACGCAAACUCGAAGUACAUCGCGGCCACACGUGUUCCAUCAUCACACUCAUCCUAUGGGUCUCGGUAUGAGUAUCGGAUUAGGCCUCGAUUUCGAUCCUUAUCUUCCUUGCAAUUCGCAUCACGUAUAUCGCUCUCCAACAAAUACUGCAUCCAAUACUGCGACCGGCGUGACAACUUCUUCACAAACAACACGCACAGCAUCGAUGCCUACUGCGGACGCUCAGAAUCAAACGAGUCAAACUGCAACGACUUCAAGUACGACUAGUAGUAGUGAAACAUCUACGAACACAACAUCGGGAACAAAUGCAGAAACGACUACUAAUAAUCCCUUCAUGAAUUUAGUGCAACAAAUAUUAAGUCAGUUAGCGAGUGGUCAAUCGCAACCUAACAUCAUCAUGAAUAGAAACACGCCAAACUUGAUGGAAAGUCUUGGUACUAUAAUGCAAGUGCUUGGUAAUAAUAUUCAAGUAGGAUUCAUGAGCGACAGCUCGAUCGGAAGUGCCCCUACACUAGCAAAUCUGUUUGAGAGUGGAGGUUUAUCUAGGGAUCUUUUUACGUCACAUGAAUCCGGUAGAGAAGAGAAUUUCCUCGUCGAUCUCUUCGUAUUAUUAGCACAAAGUAUGAGUCUGGACGGAUUGAUCAGAGUACGUCUCGGUCAGUGGGGACCUAUUGCUCGUCUUCGAAGACCUUUGCAGGAAUUUCUGCAAUAUACAUUCUCGAACGCUUCGUCGCCAAGUGACCUUCAGGAACAAGCCACUGAGCGUCUACUUUCUCAAUUACGACCUCAUAUUCGAAAUCUUUUGGCAUCCGAGGAAGAUACUAACGGCAGAAGUGGAUCCCGCGUUGAUGUCUGCGCGACUAUUGAAUCUUUGAUUGCUCGUCACGCAAGAGAUAUACUUAGAAUCUUAUUCGAUAAUGAAGUCGACGAUCCGAGAUUUGGACAGGAUAUAUUGAGUAUUCUAAUUAAUAUGUGCAGCCAAAUUUGUACGGUACUUCGGUAUUCGCUACGUGGCGGUCAAGCUGGAUUAGAGGCGAUUGCAACACGUUUCAUGCGUGACUUGAUGGAUGGUGGCAAUCCUGCUCUUCUCCAGUGGGUAUUGAAUGGAUUCAUCACUCAUCUUCGUACUUACUUCUUGUGCGUACCGCAACCUCCGGAUUCGGAAAUUAUACCACUUUUGGUGUACAGGGAUGCAUCGUCUCAGCCAUCAUCGGUAUCUACAACCUCAGUUCGUCAAUCCGUACAAGCACAAUCGGAAGACGAACCGAUGGAAACUGAAACUCUGGAACAGCAACAGCAGCAACAACCAGCACGCGAAAGCUCGAUAUCAGAGGAUCGAGAAGAAGUCCCAGAAACAUUCCCUGGCCAUGAAACCUUACCUUCGGAUUGGGUGCCAAUUAUCGCUCGCGACGGUGUGAGACAACGUAGACAGUUACAGAUGCAAGGUGUAGCACCGAACAAUGGUGUGACGACAUUCAGUGACGCUUAUCUAGGCGGUCUGCCGAGCAAGCGUCGUAAGCUGAUUGAACAGCAAAAACCGCGAUUACUAGUUAGUCCUACGCCGAAUCAUCAUUCGACGAUAGCGGCGUCCAUGGAACGGUUAGUCAGAGAGGGGGUUGGUCGUGCCGGCGUCGAGGAAGUCGAGGGUGCUGCGGUAGCCGUCGCGGCAGAUCCCGCUGUGCGACGUGCGUUUGGUCAAGCGAUUCGGGACAGCUUAAAUCCUUGCCGAUAUGGCACGCCGGACUUCCCGGAUCCGUUGCGCUUCCCGAAUGCCACUAAAUAUUUCGCGGAUCAGGAACGCCCGCCGAAGCAAUAGUCAGCGGCAGGGUACAACGUCGAACUUUGACUUGUGUUGUUGGAAUAAAAAAAAAAAAAAAAUAUUCAUUAGAUUAAACCGAUGAGCGAUGGAAAAUGGCUCGUCGUCCCGAGAAAAUCGAGACGCAAAGAUGAUACAAUUUUACAUGAAGAAUUCCAUAAAAAGAAAAAGAAAAUAUAUUUCUAACUGAUCAGCAUCGGUGUGGAUACCUACAUAUUAUCCAUACGCCCAUAUCAAUAUCUGCUUCGAUAGAAUCAUUGUUAGUACUCUUCGGGUUAAAUUCAUAAUUAAGUGACACUUGCGAUCUCCCUUAAAUCGGACUGUCCAUCGAGUGUGUCAAUUUUUAAAGAAAUUGGCAUUAGUUUCCUCUAGAGGGAUAUGGCCACUCUGUAUAUAUAUAUAAAUGUAAAAAUUGUUAAUUGUGCACCCGUCUAUUUAUGAUUUUUACACUUGUGCGCCCGCUAGUUCCGAAUUUUCUUCGCUUGUGUAAAACAUUUUUUUUUCUUGAAUUCCCAUUAUCUUAAGUUAAUCGUUCCAAAUUCCGAUAUCACCCUGACUUUAGAAUGAUUUUCGAUGUCGUUUUACAUUUUGUUAAAAACGACGUUAUAAAUUCCGACAAAAACUUUGUUAGGGAUUCAUUUCAUUCUUGCAGAUAAUUUUUUCGAGAUCGGGAUCGCUCUAAGAUAUUUCUGGAGGACGGUAUCUUUUUACGACGCAUAUUUUCCACACAGAUCACGUAAGAAUAACAGGCAAAUUGACACGUACAAUACGUGAUUAUGAUAAAAUAACUAUAUAUGUUUAAUCGCGCAUUCUAAUAACCAAACAAUUGUACGGAGAAGAAAAGAAAAAUAAUAAAGUUGUGUAUCCCUUUUC